GUCUUUUGGUUAUGGUUGGGUCUCCAUUCUCGUGGGGGUUGGCUGACUCUCUGUUGAGGUUUCUGUUUGGGAAGAGUGGGUAAACAUGGAUACGGUUUAGGAAUGCCGAUGUAAGCGUGACAAAUAAAUGUUUUUUUUUAUGCCGGUUUGGUCCGAUGAUCAUAAAAUAACUCAUAAACGAAACAUAGUCAUUACAAAUAGGAUACAACACGCGGAUUAAAAAACGCACAAACAACCAAAAACACACAUCCAACCAGGCAAAAUAACGACGAGCGUUUAGUGAUCCCUUGGAAACCGCGGUAAACAAGGAUCAGCUGACCGACCACGGCUCCCCUGCCUAAGAAGAAAGAAGGAAGAAAAUAGAUCCAUAGUCUAAAACCCUAUAAAAGAGGAAAGAAGAAGAAGAAGAAAGAAAAUAGAUCCAUAGUCCAAAACCCUAUAAAAGAAGAAAGAAGAAGACUACUCCCCUGCCUUCCCUCACGGCGACGGGCCUGGGCGAUGGCGGCCUUAAAUCCCUGUCUUUUCUACCGCUUCCCCCUUCGGUACAGGGAUCAAAUAUGGAAAAUGCACACCCAACAUUGUCCAUGUGUCUUUAGAGGAGUGUUGUGGAGAGGAAUUCACCAUGGGCCACACAUUCAGGGAAGUGCCAGGCAAAAAUAUGGAAGAUACAGAGUGCCAGAUAAUCAGAGUGUGUGUCCCCCUAGUCAGAGCAGUUCAUACACAUGUUCAUCGUAUUUCUGGCAUCGAGUCAGAAUGCGAAGAUCGGCUCUGUGUGUCCCGUACCAAAGUCUCCACUGGCAGACUGAAACAAAGUUGCUGUCUGUCAGAGACAUAUCCACCACCCGAGUGAAAAAUAUGUCAGCUAGUCCAGAUAGUAAAAAAAAACAAGAAGCCACAAGUGACAAAGAGAGUGUAGUUGGUGCUGAACCAAGCCAAAGUGAGAAUCAGGAUAGUGUCAAAGCUGAGGACAUGCAAAUGAUAAAGACCUCACAAAAACAGGUGAAAAAGGUUGGUAGUCAAAACAUAUCCUCGAAAAUACUGCGGUACUUCUUAGAUCGGUACACGUGGUACUUGAAUAGAUUCCACCAAUCUUUAGAGAAUGAGAUGCCGGACACCUUCAAUAUGUUUCGCAUAUUUUCAGUUGGACUGAAGCAAUUCCUCAUUGAUUUCAAGGAUUUUAUGAUGGUCCUGGUGUAUUUAAGCAUUCCUGGCAGCACGCUAAGAAAUUGCACCCGUCGGGAGUUGGAGCUGUAUUACAACAUGCCAAGAGACAUGAUUAGAGUCUUUCCUAUAAUUGCCUUAUCAUCUUUACCUUUAGGCCAGAAUCUUGCCUUCCCCAUAGGGUAUUGGUUUCCACGCCAAUUGCUGUGUCAUCACUUUUGGGACAUUAAGCAGCGUCAUGAGUUUGCCCUCAUGGACAUGAAGAAGAGGUUGUUCAAUUAUCGGCCUGUGUUCAGGUCCCUACAAGCUGGGCUGAACACUAUAGAGGACAAGAACAUGCGCGAGAAGUGUAGGGCUGCCUUCUACAAACUUGGCUCAGGUAUUCAUCCCACAGUCAGGGAGAUUGUGGAACUGUUGCCUCUUUUCCAGGGAGCACCUUUCCACAUUAAGAAAAUGUAUUCCGUUCAUUUGGUAAGUUUUGGUUGCAAGGGAGUGGGUGUGAGAGGGGGCAAGAAGCUUGCAAUUUUCAGAGAGGGAUUGCUGCGACUGCAUGGUAGGUCAGUUUACUUUCUUAAACGGAAGAGGCUAGAGGACUAUGCAAGGCAGCUGCAUUACCUUGAUUCUGCUAUUUCUAGAGAAGGGAUUGACUCGCUCUCGCACGAACAGUUGAAGCAUUGCCUUUUCAUGAGAGGUUUGAAUGCUGCUAACAUGAGCACCGAAGCCAUGACGGAAUACCUGAGAAACUGGCUGAGGGUGUCGCGGGAAAUUGACUCCUCGUCCUUUUCCCUCCUGCUGCAUCUUCCAAUCCUCCUGGCUUAUAAUCAGCCGACCAAUAUUGUUCUCAUUUAUUAAGGCGUGAGGGCGGGACGGAUUUCUUUUACUAUGAUGUAGGACGUCCUGUGGUAACUUUUUUUUUUUUUUUAUGUUAUUGUUUUGUUUAUUUUGUGAUGUGUAGGCUGUUGGAAGAUAUUCUUAGAAUUAUUAUUUUUUGUUAUUUCAUUUGUGUGAUAUCUGUAAUGCCUAAUCUUUUGUUUUUCUUCAUCAAAACUUGGUUGUGUUUUUUUUAGAUGCAUUUACGAAGAUAAAUGCCCUUUUUUUAUGUGUGCUUUUCUUGCAUUUUGUCUCAUGUGGAUGUGAUUGUGAUAUUUGUAAAGGUUCUUCACUAAAUCACUUUUUUACCUUUUUUAACUUUACGUGUUUUUUUAUUGUUUCUUCUUUCUUUAUUUUUGUAAAGAUUUCAUUUUUUAUCUUAUUUUUACAUUUAUUUCAUAUCACAAUUUUUUUUUUCCUCUUUUUUUUUUUUUUUGUCAUGGUAGUAGUAAUGGUAGUAAUAGCAUUAUCACCAUAUCAUCACUACUUUAAUUUAUAUGUGCCAUCCUCAUUCAUUCAUAUACAUUCUCAUAUUGAUAAGUCUUAUCUCUUUCUUAUUUUUCUUAUUGGUUUUAUGAUUAUAUUUGUUAUUAUUGUUACUGUCUUUGCUGUUAUUAUUAUUAUUAUAAUUGACUAUUUUUAUUAUUAUUAUUAUUAUGAAUUAUUAUGAUUAUGAUUAUAAAUGUGAUAAUAAUGAUAAUAAUAAUAAUAAUGAUAAAGAUGAUAAUAAUUAUUAUUGGUAGUAUGUAUAUUUUAUAUCAUUAUUGUUAUUAUUAUCAUCAUUAUGGUUAUUGUUAUUAUCAUUUUUAAAAAAUUAUUUCAGUCAUUGUUAUUAGUGCUAUAUUUCAUGCUGUUUUUUAUUACUAUUUGUAAUAAGCUGACUGGGUGCCCAACUUGAGGUUGCGAAUGCCCAGACUUUACACUGAGAGGCAGUGGUUGUCAUGCUUGAGUCAUGGCGGAGGCCCGUUAAGUCGCAGAAGAUGACAAUUUUGACAGACCAUAGACAUGGUAUAUAUUGACAUAAUAGGGUAACUAUAUUGGAAAACAUUCCUCAUAUUAUUGUGAUGUCACAAACUUGAUCUAGAAAGCAUAUUGCAACAUAAACCUGCAUGUAAAUCUGCAAAUCUAAAAUGAGGGUUAAUUUUGAAAGAAGUUUGUCACUCUUGUCUAACUAACACUAUGUUUCACAAUGUACGAAUCAUAAAUUAUUUGUCAAUUUUCUCUCGAUUUGUAAACUUAGUUUUGCUGCCUUUUUCAUGCUUGUUCAUAUAGUCAUAUGUAUUCAUUAUUUGUCUGGUGUCAUAUAUAGUCAUAAUUAAUCUUUAUUAUAUACUUUGAUUGUAUGACCUCAUGACAAUAGUAGCCUCAGGCCAUACCUAUUAAUCAAUGAUGAAAAUGCUCUCAAACUGUCUCAGUAAAUGCAUUCCUUGAAAAGGAAUUGUUUUUAACCUCUAAUCACAACAGUCCUGUCCUCCCACAACAUUCAUAGAUAUGUUGGUUAUAUACACACUAGUCCAUAUAGAAGCCUCAGAACCAGCCCACAUUGUUGGUUCUUACAUGGUUAAAUCCUCACAUCUUUGAGUUUAUCAUAAGGUUCUCUCUAGAAAUAUGGUGUAGGGGAGGGUCUGUCUAUCAUGUACUUAGUUUCCAGUUUGGACACAGGAAGUAUAAACCCUUCAAGGAUAGGAAAGAAAUAACUUGCUUCAGUAGUGGAAGCCUGCAAGUCAAUUGUACCACAAAACCUGUGACGCAUAUUUACUUGAAAAGUAAAGCCUGAAAAGAAUGUCGGAGUGAAACCUAAUUGCUUUACUUAUAAGCAAAUCAGCAUUGCCUUUUGUAUCUAUUUGUGUAAUGGUGCAUAAUCAUUACUGGCAUAGAAGAGAAUAUUUAUCUUUUUGGUAAAAUUGCUACUGCUGGUCAAGAUCAUAUGCCACUAGAGUUAUAUUUAUACAGAAGAGAAUUAUAUUAAAAAAAGGUGGUUAGUUUAUGCAUGUACACACAAAUAAAAAUAAUACUGUGUACACGUGCAUGCAUGUGUCUGCCCCUGCUGGAGUAGUUACAUUACUCAAAGACAUUUACAACUUUCUUGCAUGUGAAAAGAAAACACAAGAAAAUUACUUUUCAUGUACCUUUUUAGUGAUCAGAAGUCUUAAUCAUACCAGCUACAAAAAUGUGAGCAUUAUAGCACACUCAAAGAUGUGAUUUUUUCUCCCUGCACAAACUGUAUAUUUAUAGUGUAGUUUUCAUUUCACUUUUGCGGUAUCAGUGAAGUUAAAAAAGCCCCUCAUUUUCUUGUUUUUUUUAUUUUUCAGUGUGUUGGCUUUAAUUUCCAGUCACCUUGUGUUAAAUUUGUAAUGUAUUUUUCUUCUUGUCUGGAUUUACUUUUGACAAAUUGAUAUACAGACUUUUAUUAUGUAACAGGAUAUAACUUCUGGGAUCAAUAGAUUGAGUUAGGCUUUUUUUUCUAUGUUUGUAGUUACAUUUUUACUUCAACUUUUGUGUCAGGAAUAACUUAAACUUAAGGUCUUAAUUUCCUGUAAAUUAUAUAUAUGGAAUACUGCUUAAAAGUACUGGUUUCUAAGUUUUAGCAGUGGUGGUAGUGAUUUCUUUUUGAAAAGAUUUUUUCCCCCAUAAUAUUUAGAGGAAAGAUUGGAGUUUAGAGAAAAGAUUGGAGUUUUAUAUUGUUAUAAAUAUGGACCUAUUGUGAGGUUAGUCAAAAGUGUGAAAAAGCUAUUUAUUUUUAAAACUUGUAGAUGGUCCUUAGCCAAGCUUUGUAUUUGGCCACAUAUUUGUUCACAGAAUGGAGUAAACAUUCUCUAAUAUUUACAA